GCAGCCGCAGCCGCAGCGCUGGCGGAGAGGAGCGCGCGGCCGCGAGCACAGGAGGGAGGGAGGGAAGGAAGGAAGGGAGCAAGGUAGGCAGGCUGGCAGGCAGGCGCGGGGGUCGGUGACUGAGGCAGCGGAGGGAGGCGAGAGCUCGGCAGCCGCAGCGCGGGCUUUUGGAGCGGGCAGCCGUCGAGUCGCCCGGGAAGAAGCGGGCACCGGCGGCGGCGUCGGUGCUGGCGCCUGGGGGCGGGGGACUGGGAGGCAGCGAGGGGGGUCGCUGCGGUGGUGCUCUCCGCUUGUCGCGCUCUCCUCGCCUUUCCGCCGGCUCGGCGGGCUCCUCCCGGCGUCUUUCCUCGCCUCCGGGGCUGUGCUCCCCGCCCCCCCGCGGUAUGUCUUGAUCCCGAGCAGCGGGUUUCAUGGGGCUCCUCAGGAUUAUGAUGCCGCCCAAGUUGCAGCUGCUGGCGGUGGUGGCCUUCGCGGUGGCGAUGCUCUUCUUGGAGAACCAGAUCCAGAAGCUGGAGGAGUCCCGAUCGAAGCUAGAAAGGGCUAUUGCAAGACAUGAAGUCCGAGAAAUUGAGCAACGUCAUACAAUGGAUGGCCCUCGACAAGAUGCAGCUUUAGAUGAGGAAGACGACAUGGUCAUCAUUUAUAACAGAGUUCCCAAAACCGCAAGCACCUCUUUUACCAAUAUUGCCUAUGACCUGUGUGCAAAGAAUAAAUACCAUGUUCUUCAUAUCAACACUACCAAAAAUAAUCCAGUGAUGUCACUACAAGAUCAGGUACGCUUUGUGAAGAAUAUUACUUCUUGGAAAGAGAUGAAACCCGGAUUUUAUCAUGGACACAUUUCUUAUUUGGACUUUGCAAAAUUUGGUGUGAAAAAGAAGCCAAUUUACAUUAAUGUCAUAAGGGAUCCUAUUGAGAGGCUAGUUUCUUACUAUUACUUUCUGAGAUUUGGAGAUGAUUAUAGACCAGGAUUAAGAAGACGAAAACAAGGAGACAAAAAGACGUUCGAUGAAUGUGUAGCGGAGGGCGGCUCAGACUGUGCUCCUGAGAAGCUCUGGCUUCAAAUCCCAUUCUUCUGCGGCCACAGCUCGGAAUGCUGGAAUGUGGGAAGCAGGUGGGCUAUGGAUCAAGCCAAGUAUAACCUAGUUAAUGAAUACUUUCUGGUGGGAGUUACUGAAGAGCUCGAAGAUUUUAUCAUGUUACUGGAAGCAGCUUUGCCCAGGUUCUUCAGGGGUGCUGCAGACCUCUAUCGUACAGUAGGAAAGAAAUCUCAUCUUAGGAAAACCACAGAGAAGAAACUCCCCACUAAACAAACCAUUGCAAAACUACAGCAGUCUGACAUUUGGAAAAUGGAGAAUGAGUUCUAUGAAUUUGCACUAGAGCAGUUCCAAUUCAUCAGAGCCCACGCCGUCCGAGAAAAAGAUGGAGACCUCUACAUCCUCGCACAAAACUUUUUCUAUGAAAAGAUUUACCCUAAAUCAAACUGAGUACAAGGUGUGACUAUUUGAUUUUUCAACUAAAACUCUGACCCUGUCUUCACCUUAGUUCUCAGGUCCACAGUUCAUAUUGAGCCGAGUUAGGAAACAAACAAAAAGAUCAAGGAAAGUAGAUGCUAGCUGGUUCUGUCAGUGGUUGAAGAAGUUUAAGUUUCUGCCUUUUUUUUUUCCCCCCUAGUUAAAUUUUGGUGGGAGUUAUAACCUCCUGCCUGGGAAAAACCUAUAUGUUGCUUAAAAUAAACACAUAGCAGUUCUAAUCAAAAGGCUAAAUACAAUUUUAGAAAAAAUUCUGAUACUCUGUUUUUUGAUAAAGCUUUGUUUUGUUUUGUUUUGUUUUGUUUUGUUUCAACUAACCAUGAAUGAAGACCAAUCCAUUUCCUCCUCUGCCUUCACCCAGAGGGUUGGUUAUGCAGCUGCACUGAGUAGCGUUGCUACCGGUGGGCAGGGUGCGCUUUGUUCCUGUGAGUCACGUCUCACAAAACGUGUUGGGAUGCAUGGUCAUGUUUGCUAGGGAGUGUCUCUGCUGUAGAUGGAAUUGCCCAUAUUCAUGUAGGUCAUGUUUAUUUCCUUUAAAAAAAUAACUGUCAUUAGUGUUAAGAACCAAUUCAAACUAUGACUAAUACUGUAAAAAGAGUCAAAACCUUGUUUCUCAUUCCUGUCUCUCCAGCAUCUAAGAUUGGGGAGACACUACAGAGAACGUUGAAAUUUUAGUUAAGGCUUCCACACAUUAAUAUAUAUAUAUAAAAAGUAAGUUUAGUGUUUGUUUCUCUGGGUUAUCUGUAAAGCUGUCAACAGGUACUGGUGACUCCAUAUUAUAACUCCAUUUAGUGAGCUGUGGUAUGGGUAGGGUUUUCCUACUUCUGUACUUUUACUUGUAAACUAUUUUUACUACGGUGCUUUAUAAUGUGUUUUAAAGCAUUGCAUUUACAAAAAAAGGAAAAAAAAAAAGGAAAAUGCUGUAAAUAUUGCAUAUUUUAUGUAUUUGGACCAAAAGGUUAAAAGUAAUUAGACAAAAGUGGUUUUGCACCAAUUUUAUUAUGUCAAGUAAAACCAUCAGACCUAC